AUGCACUGAAAAAAAACGUAAGAUAAAACAAAUUUACAUUAUUUUGUAUUUCUUUGCUUCACUGCUUAAUUUAUUAAUUCGUUCUUUAUUAGCUAAAAUUUCAAAAAUGGAAAAAGAUUUAGUCAACUUUAAAAAAUGGUUCAAUAAAUUAGGCAAAGACAUUGAGAAAGAAAUAAGUGAUGAUAUUUUAAAAAAAUUGAUACCACCCCAACGACGGGAUAUGUGGCGAAACAUUAUUGAAAGAGUUUUACCUCAAGAAGAAGUAAUUCUGAUAAAAAAGUCUAUUUUACUCCACAAACUUCAAAAAAGACAAUCACCUUUAAUUGCUAAAGUUGAGACUGUAAACGAUCUUAACAAUGCUUUAAAGUAUGAAGAAUUAAUGAAUAAAUAUCUUAAAAUUCAAAAAGAAUUAUCUGAUACUAAAUUAAACAAUGAUAAAGUAAAAUCAGAGUUAAAUGAAAUAUAUGAGUAUAAAAAUUCAUUGUUGAAAAACAUCAAAUUAAAUCAAGAUAAAAUGUAUUUAGUUAAACGAAGAAUAGAUUUUUAUGAAACAUCUUAUGAUGAGCUAAAAGAAAUGUCUGAUAUUUGUAAUCUUUUUUCUAUGAAUCCUGAUGAUACUUUAACUAAAACUGAUUACGAAGAUUCAUUGAUAGAAUGCCUUACUCAGGUAGAUGAAGCCAAACAGUUGGGGAUCAUGAAUGAAAGUGUAGGAAUAGGAAAAAAUCUCUGUCAAGCCUUAUAUGCAACUAUGAGAAAUAAAUCUCCUGCUAUUAUGAUUAGUACAAUUGAAGAUAAUUUUGUCAGUCACAUUAACAAAAGUAAUGAAGUAAUUUUAGAAACAAAUAAACUUAAAAUUCAAGACAAGAAUGGCAAUGAAAAACAAUUUAAUGAAAUACUUAUAAAUCUUCAAAAAGAACAAUUAUACUUAAACUCUAAACUGUCAAUAGUUAUGAAAGAAAAAGAACGUAAAGUUAGACAACUUAAAGAAGCUAUAAUACUUGCAGAAACAGAAAUUAUCAAUCAGUAUAAAUUAAAAAAUGUAACAUCUACAGAUGAUGAGUUAUUAUCUUUUAAGAAUAAACUUGAGUCAAUAAUAAAAUCUCUUCUUGAAUAUAGUAUGAAUAGUAUUAAUUCAAAAAAUGAAUGUACAACUUUCUCUAAUAAUGAUGAAACUUUUUGUAAUUUGAAUGAAAUUAUGAAUUAUGCUGACGAAAAAGAAAAGGAAAUUGAGCAAAAAGUUGAACUAAUUUGUGGAAUGCUUGAUGAGCUAAAUUGUGAAAAAAGUAAUUUUGGAUCUAAAGAAGCUGCAUCCAUUUUAGAAAAUAUAUAUGAAAAUUAUUCAAAUAAAUUCAAUAGCAAUCAUCAAUUUAACAAGAUAGUUGAAGCAAUAAAAGAUACAUCAAAACAUGAUAUAGAUAAUAUUAUUAACAUGCAUACUAGACUAUUAAAUAAGCCCUGUCCUUUAACUUCUAAAAAUAUUGAAGAUAUGAAACAAAUAUCAAAACUGAUAAAGAUAGUUGUGGAGUCUGCUACUAAACUUGAAAAAUUAAAUAAUACUGUUUCUCAAAAUGAAUUCAAAGAAAUUGAAAAAAAUGAAAAAAUGCAUAGAAUAGAGUUUCAAUCAUUGAUAUCUGAAGUAGAAAAUACAAUUUCUCUAGUGCAUACCAAUGUAGAAAACUGCAAAUUAGUUUCUGAUAUGAUAUAUUUCAAAAAAUAAUAUUUUUAAAGCUCUCAAAAUGCAUGAUUUAUAAGUGACAUUCUAUAAUUAUUGAUAUAUUAGAGUUCAGAGUUUCCCUUUCCUAUUUAACAUUACAAAAAAAUUUAUCAAUAUUUUUAUUUUCUUCAGAUAAUUACUUCAAAACAGGCGCGUAUUGAGUAAUUUUGAAGUACCAUUAAAUGAUUUCUAUGACACCAUAUUUUAGCAAAAAAAUAUAAUAUUUUUGUAGAGAUGCAUUCCCAGUAUGUUGGUGAAACAACACAUACCAGCUGCUAAGUUAAAAAUAUUGUGAUAAUUGUAACAAGAUUUUUGUAUUCUAAAUGUCUUAUUUAUAAUUUUUUGUUUAUUAUAAUGCGGCAUAAUAUUUUGAUUAAAAUAUAUUAAAUUAUUUAAUCCUGUAA